GAUUCCCUUACGGCCGGAACUGUUCACGUUUACGGACCCAAAAUCACUGUGCCUAUUGACCUGCACAGCAAGACGCUGCGCAAAGACGUGCGCGAGAGCAAGGCCUGGGCGCGGCUCGCCGAAGCACAGCUGCCGCCAGCCAGACCGCGCGACGCGGCGAGCGAGGCGCUCUCGCACGUCCGCUCGCAAGUGCGCCGCCGACUCCUCGUCGACUCACUCUUGUGGUCGACGCCGCCGCCGACGGUUCGGCCGAACAAGUUCGAUGAUUUUACGUACUUUGCGCGCUUCUCGACGGACGACGGUCGCGUGUUUUGGGAGGGCGACCUAAAGCGCUGCCCCGAGCAGAAAUGGGGCUAUACUCUGCUUCUGGACGACGUUUGGGCUGAAAUAACACGAUCGGAGGGCUGGGAUGAGAUGGAAACUUUCCUCAGUAUUUCCACGCACAUUGAGCAUGAAAUGGAGUGGCGUGAUGCCCUUGACCAGUCCCUGGCCCGCAUGUCAAUUACCCUUGUUGCGAUUAGGGACGAGGAUCAAGCUAUGGUUUCUCUUGGUCACAUGCGCUACGAUGCAUGUAACGGCACUGCAGGUCAAGCUGAGCAAGAAUACAUUUUCCGACCUCACCAGGGCAUUCACCACGCUACACUGCCCCUCUUUCAAUCAACGCGUUUUUACUUGAAUCCGACAGCGAGCUUGCACGUCACGCACGACACAACCGGUGAUGGCACACUUGAUCAUCUUGAGUUCAGGCUCGAGCAUUACUCUCGUGAGGCGAUUGGUUCUCAUAACUCGGAAGGUUUCGUCGACAUACUCGAGCGGCAUCGAUACGAAUACCUGCUCAGCUAUCUCGCAGGAGUGCAUCAUCACGCUCGCGGACAAGCGCUUUCGACCAUCGAGAACUGGCAUAUCCAAGCAAUAGCCGCGGGGAUUGUUAACGGGUAA